AAAUCAGUUGUUUGUGAUUUUUAUGUCAAAUAUAAUAUAUAAGUUUUUCAUACAUAUUAAAUAUGCUUGUUUUAUUGAUAAAUGACAGUAUUAUUUAUUACGUGAAGUAUAAAUGUUGCUAAGACGCCAAAGUUUUUAUGUAUAUAUUCAUAGAACAAGUAACCAUUAAAAUAGAAAUUUAUUAUUAAUAAUUGAAUAUGGGCUAAUCAAUAAAAAAUGAUGAAUGUUUUAUCACAAAAUGAAAAUAUUAAUAAUGAACAGAAGUACAAAAGUAAGUAUAUAAUGGAAGAUCUUGAUGAUCUUCACAAAAAUUUAUUUGGAGUGCCUUUAAGUCAUUCAGAUGUAUCAGUAAAAAAGCCUUCUACUGUGGGAACAGGUGAAAAUAGAUUAAUAAAACAAAAAGAAAAUAUCAGAGAACUUCAGAAAAAAGUGUCUUUUAAAGGCAUUGAUGCUGACGAAGACAUUUUGGAUGAUUUACUAUUCGAUAACAGCAGAAAUUUAUCAUCUAGUCAAAAACAUGAGCCCUCUAAAAAUAGUCAUGAUAUAAAACCAAGUAGUAAUAAUUUAUUAUUAACUGAUCGUGAGAAAAGUGAAUUAAAAAGCUCUACAGGAGAAAAACCAAUUGAAUACCAAUCUUUUAUAAACACUGAGUGGGAAAGUUCUUCUCAGAAGCCUAAUUCUUUUUUAUCUGAUAAAUUUGAUGAUACUAAUGAAUAUUUUUCAUUUAAUUUCACACCCAGUAGUGCUGGAGAUAAAAUGAGUGGUUUAUCACGCUCAAGAAGUAAUGAAAGUAAAUCAUCAAUAAUGACUGAAUUAUUUCCUCCUUCUUUUUCAAGUGAUAGCAUUAACCCAACUACUGUAAUUGCUACAACUACUGCCACUAUUACUGCAACAUCUAAUAUAAAUAUUUCUAGUGAUUAUAGUAUUAAUAGAAAAGAACCUCGAAGAAAAAUGCCUAAAUCUAACAUUGACGGCAUAAGUGAUCCAUUAGGUUUAUUGUCAGGAUUACAGUAUCAAUAUGACGAUAUUUUACCAACUAAAAAGGAAAAGCCGGUUGAACCUUCUGAAUCAAAACCAACCACUAGUCAAUUACAAUCAUCUCCAGAUGAUUUACCAGAAUGGCUUGGAGGGGCAAAGAAAAAUAUAUCUGAGAGUGAUAAUAAACCAAUGAAUGAUAUUGCUGCAAAGAAUAAAAAAGAUAUUAAACAUGAAACAAAAGUAAUUUCUGCUAACGUGGAAGAAAAAAAUGAAUAUUCUACUCCAACUAUGCCAAUAACUAGACAAGUCGAGUCAUUACAGGAGCCUUUCGUUCUCAUUCACCAACAGCAAGAGAAUGAUCUGAAAAAUGUGACAAUGUUGUCUGAACAAACUGAUAAAUUAAUAAACUUCUUUGUCGAAAAUCAACAAAUUCAAUUAAAUGAACAAAACAAAUUAUUUGAUACACUAAUUAAACGACAAAUCGAUCGACAAUCAAUGCUUGAAGCCCAAAUUAAAUUGCAACAAACUCGAAUAAAUCAUUAUAUACAGGCACUAGCAAAACAGUCCAUGAUAACUCAAUCAUCUUCUGAACAUUCAAUUCCAAAAAUUGAAGAUUGUGUAAAGGAUAACAAUCCAAAGGUGGAAUCACAGACUUCUUUUUAUUCCAUACAAUCUGAAAGAGAUGUAGAUUACAUGCAGAACCUUUUGAAGCAAAGUUAUGAAAGAGAAAUAGAUAUUUUGAAGAAUUCUCACGAAACACAGAUAUCUUUGAUGGAAGAAAGCACAAAAAAAUUAGAAAUAAAACUACGUCAAGAAAUGGAAGAUUUGCAAUUGGAUUAUGAGAAAAAAAUUGAAAAAAUACAAAACGAAAAAAUUCAACUGGAAACAGAAUAUAAAGAACAAAUUGAAAGUUUAAAGGCUAAUCAUACAAAAGUUAUACAAGAAAUUCACACUCGACAAUCUGAAAACUUUAUUUUACUCCAAAAAGAACAUUUUGAAACCAUAGAAAAUAUUACUCGUGCUAAAGAACUUGAACGAGACACUGUAGAUUUUAUUAAAGCACAACGAACUGAUAUUAAUAAAAUGUUAGAAAAAUCAGAGAACGUGUCUGAUAAUUUACAAACGUUAUAUGAUGAGAUAAAAAGCAAUGAGAAAAAAAAUCAAGAUGAACGAGAAAAAAAUCUGAAAAUGCAAGAAGAAUUAAUAAAAGGAUUAAUUCAACAAUUACAUAAACAACAAGAGGAUGUUAGCAACGAACGUAAAAAAAUUGUUACAACAGCAGAAAAAUUACAAUCGGAACUAAGUCAAUUAUCUAGUCAAUUUAUAAAAAAUAAUGAAUUAUUAAAUGAGAGAGAAACAAGACUUGAGAUGCAGGAAAGAGCUCUAGUGCGUGAACGAGAAUUGUUUCAAGAACAGAUCAAUUGGGAACGUCAAUACUUACAGAAUCUAAAAGAUGCAUGGAUGACCAAUCAAAAACAGCAAAUGAAAUUUUUAGCUAACGAAAGAGAAGACCUGGCAGCCGAAAAAAGCAAACUUGAAGUGCUUAAUCAUUUAAAAGCAAAUUCAAAUGAUAUAACAAAGACUGAGUUGGAAGCAGCAAUCAAAACUGCCUAUGAGGCUGUGCAUGAAGCAAAUCUUGAACGUCAAAAAUGGAAAGAGAAAGUGGAUAAUCUACACAAAGAUAAGCAAAAAAUUGAAGAAAAAGAACUCGAAUUGAUGCAAAGAGCUAAAGAUUUAGAGGAAUUAACUCAGUCGGCACUAGUGAAACGGGAGGAAGGAAUGCGUGCACUGAAGGAAGCUCAAAGAAUAGAAAAACAACAUAAAGAUCAGUUAAAUCACUUAAGAACACAACUUCAGUUAUUAGCAGAACGAGAGAAUAGAAUAGCCGCUGAUAAAUUGGCAUUAGCUAGAGAAAGAUUGGAAUUGAAAGUGGUUUGUCAUCAAGCAGAAGAUUUAUCGAAGAAAAAUGUCAACGAUUCGUUCUUCCUAGCAAAUAAUGAAUUGAAUGAACCGAAAUAUAUUCCCCCAGUACAAAAGCAGAUGCAUUUUACGGAUAUGGUUGACCCUCAACUUCUGUUCUUGAAGAUAAAUCUCCAUGAUAGUUUGAAAACAUCUCAUCUGCCAAUGCUUACUGAUUUAAAUCCAAUAAAAUAAAGAUCUAAAUUGUAAUU